UGGCUUGUCAGCCCUUAUAAUCAAAACAAAACAAAUCGUUUAACUGUUCAGAAAAUAAAUAAUAAAGAGAAUGUCUGAUGCUUAUGCAUACGCUGCCAAGGGCAAACUUAAACUCAAAUGCGAUUCGGAGCUGAAGAAAAAGAAGAAGAAGAAGCAUAAGAGCAAGGACAAGGAGAAAGAGGAAUUGCAACAAGCAUAUGUCGAGCAGCAAAUCAACGAAGCUGCUAAUGGAACUGUACAAGCCUCGACUUCCAAUUCAAGUGGAUACCAACGCAAGCUGACCAAAGCAGAACUGGCGACCAAAAAGCAACAAGAGAAGAUGCGAAACAAACGCAUAAUGGACAAGGCACAGACAACACACAAGCAGCGCGUAGAGAAAUUCAAUGAGCAUCUGGAUACCCUGACCGAGCAUUUCGAUAUCCCCAAGGUGUCGUGGACGAAAUAAGUAAAUGCACCUAUUUGCUUGCUGUGCUCUUCGAUAUGAGGAACUGGUAGAGUUCGUAUAUAAACCUAAGCAAAAUUAUAUUAAUUUCUUGAGAACUAUUCAGCAAGCCAUUAGAUCCGGUUAGCUAAAUAUCUUCAUGCUAAUUGAAAAGAAGAAAACAAUGCAUCGUUAGUUUAAACAUUUCCGAGUGUUAUAUAUAUAUAUAUAUAUUAAGCAUAAUUUUGACUAAAUAUUAUGUUUUGUUGAGAGGCCAAUAUAAAUGGCUGCAUAAAACUAAAUACAUUUACGGUAAUACAUAUACAAAAAACAACUUAAA